AUGGCGUCGCAGAUGCAGGCUCAGAAGGAGUUGCGACGCUCAAGCUCGAAGCUUGAGUCGAGACAGGGCUACCACCUUGUGUCAACCUGCCCUUUUGAGUGUGACAAACGAAAUGGAACAGACGAUGAGAAGAAGAAAGAGAAGAACGAUCUUCAGGGCUUCGCCACAAUUUUUGGCGACAACAAGAUCCUCACAAGCUUGCUAGUUUUUGUUCCACUGGGGCUGGCUGCACACCAGCUGCACAUGUCCGACAAAUAUGUUUUCUCCUUCAACUUCCUGGCGAUCAUCCCGCUGGCAUGGCUCAUAGGAAAAGCCACGGAGGAUGUCGCAGCCAGAAUAGGGGAGACGGCUGGCGGCCUCUUGAACGCAACCUUCGGAAAUGUGGUCGAGAUGUUGCUUUGCAUUGCUGGAAUUCGCAACAAUGAGAUCAGCGUUGUCCAGUGCACUUUGCUUGGGUCCAUCCUCAGCAACCUUCUUCUGGUCAUGGGUUGUGCCUUCCUCUUUGGUGGACUCUACUACCCGAUUCAGCGGUACAACCAGGCCGGAGCAGCGACUCAGUGUUCCUUGAUGGCUUUGAGUGUGUUUGCCAUCGGCCUGCCGACUAUAUAUGUCAACGUUCUCAAGCAGGAGUCUGAAUGGGAGCACAUGGUGGAAGUGUCCCGAUGGGCUUCCGUUUGCCUGCUUGGCGUGUACUUUGCGUAUCUAGUGUUUCAACUCAAGACGCACGCCAGCCUGUUCCAGGAUGAAGGCGGAGAGGACGAAGAGGAAGAGGAGCCGGACCUCAGCCCGGUUACGGCAGCAAUUCUGCUGCUGGUAUGCACUGUCGUCACAUCCUACGCGACCGAUGCGCUCAUCGAAGCCAUUAAGGGGACGAUUGACGAGUGGAAAGUCUCUAAAGAGUUCAUUGGCAUUAUCUUGCUGCCAAUCAUUGGCAAUGCUGCCGAGCACUACACAGCCAUCAAAGUAGCCAUGCAGAACAAAAUGGACUUGUCUCUUGGAGUAGCUGCGGGGUCAUCGUGUCAAAUGGCCUUGCUCGUGACCCCUUUCACUGUAUUGGUGGGAUGGUGCUAUGGCACAGAGAUGACCUUGAACUUUCAUGCUUUCCAACUCGCUGUACUUCUGUUCUCGGUGUUCCUGGUGAACUCCAUCCUAAAUAAUGGUCAGUCCAACUGGCUCGAGGGCUACAUACUGCUCGUGACCUAUUUCGUAGUCUCCUUGAUCUACUUCUUUGAAGGCCAUGUCCUUAGCCAGAACUCUUGGCAAAUAAGAAGUUCCCUGCCCUUCGAGUCUUCGAGAAGCCCUGCCCUAGCACUUCUACUCAGGUGCCGGAACAGAGGACUCCCUGGCCGGGUCACUCAGGUUUCAUGUUCUUGGUAG